AUGGCUCCGCAGACUGGCUCCACUGAAAAGGAGACGCGUCCUGUUUCAGCUUUUCCACAGCUUUUCACUUGGGAAGAGAUCAGAAUCCGCAAUGGCCGUGGCCAAGGUCAGGAGCGAUGGCUGGUGAUUGACAGAAAGGUUUACGAUGUCAGCAAGUUUUCCAAACAACACCCUGGAGGCAGCCGAGUUAUUAGCCACUAUGCUGGGCAAGAUGCUACGGAUGCCUUUGCAGCAUUUCACAAGGAUAAGUCUCUGGUGAAAAAAUACUUGAAAUCACUGCUGAUUGGGGAGCUGGCACCAGAUCAGCCCAGCUUUGAGUCUAAUAAAAAAAAAUCACUUUUAGAGGAUUUUCGUGAGCUGCGCUGCACCAUUGAGAAGAUGGGACUUCUGAGGCCAAAUUACACCUUUUUCUUCCUGAUUUUCCUUCACCUCCUGGUACUGGAUGCUGCAUCCUGGCUCGUGGUCUGGUACUUCGGGAUAUCCUUGGUGCCUUUUGUGGCUGGCAUGGCGUUCUUCACCGUUGCUCAGAUCCAGAUGGCCUGGUUCCAACAUGAUCUGGGGCACUGCUCUGUCUUCAGGAAGCCUAAAUGGAAUCGACUUAUGCAUCUUGUUGUGAUAAAUGUUCUGAAGGGGUUAUCAGCCAGCUGGUGGAAUCACCUGCACAACCAGCAUCACGCCAAACCCAACUGCUUCCGCAAAGACCCUGACCUCAACAUGCACCCUCUCCUGUUCAGCUUGGGAAAGACACUCUCCGUGGAGCUUGGAAAAAAGAAGAAGAAGUUCAUGCCUUACAACUAUCAGCAUAAGUAUUUCAUCUUGUUGGCCCCACUAGCUCUCGUACCCUUCUUCCAGCUGUCUAUAUUCUACUUUACAAUCAAGAGGAAGAAGUGGUUGGACCUGUUACUGUUUGUGUCUUUCAACAUCCGAGUCUGUCUCAUGUAUAUUCCUUUAAUGGGAUUCAACAAUUUCAUGGUGUACUACUGGCUGUCCAGGUACAUAGAGAGUACCUGGUUUAUCUGGGUGUCGCAGAUGAAUCACAUUCCCAUGGACAUUGAUUACGAUAAGAAUGAAGACUGGGUAUCUACUCAGCUCCAUGCAACAUGCAAUGUGAAACAAUCUUUCUUCAAUGACUGGUUCACUGGGCACUUGAACUUCCAAAUAGAGCACCACCUUUUCCCCACAAUGCCUCGACACAACUACUGGAAAGCAGCUCCUCUGGUGAAAGCCCUUUGUGAUAAGCAUGGCAUUGAGUAUAAAAGCAAGACUUUACUGACAGCCUUUGAAGAUAUUUUGCAUUCGCUGAAGGAUUCUGGGGAGCACUGGCUUGAAGCAUAUCUGCAUGGAUAG